GGGCCCAUUGCCCCAGGCCCAGCCGCCCACGGUCCACACCCCCUCCCCUUCCCCUUCUGCAAAGGUUCGCCGCUGCCCUAAACCCUUCUCCUUCUCUCGCUUUCACUGCCCUGCCUCUCUCGACUCUCGCUCCGUCACUCCCUCCGUCGCCCUCGCCCUCGCCUCUCGCUACUUCGUCGCUCGCACUCACCCUUGUGGCCGGUGGCUCGCUCUCCAUCGACCGUCGGUCCGUCGCUCACUGCCUCUCUCUCGCUCCGUCGCUUCGUCGCACGGUCGCAGUUUCGAACCCUCGCCGGCUCGCCCUCCGUCGCUUCGCUCGCCCUCGCCGCCGCCGGCUCGCCCUCGUGGCCGGUGUCUCGCUGCCUCGCUCUUGCCUCUUGCUCCGUGGCUCGCUGUUGCUGGUGGUGGCUCGCCGCCUCUCGAUUGCUGAUUGGCUCAUCAGAUUCAGUCUUUCAGAUCUGCUUUUCUUAAGCUCUUAACUACAGAACCCAGAUCUGCUUCAAGUUUCUGUGCAGGCUCACAACUAAUUAUUGUCUAUGCUUCAAACUGGUUGUUCUGAUGUUAGAAGAACAAGGAGAUUUCUUAAUGGAUGUUGGGUCAUCCUCUCUUCUCUUGUAAGCGCGUGUCAUCCAAAAACUUUCAGAAUGAUGAAUGAAGUCAAAGAGGAUAGUGCUUCUGGUCUUUGUACUCCUUGCUCUAAUGGAGAAGCUCACAUUGAGCAUACUAUAAUGACAGACCCAAACCAGAGAUGUUCAUCUUCAAGUGUUCAGUCCACCCCAGAGAUUGAAAAGAAGUAUGUUCACCGUGUUUAUGAUGCAAUUGCUCCCCAUUUCAGUUCCACUCGUUUCGCCAAGUGGCCAAAAGUAGCCACAUUUUUGAAUUCUUUGCCUCCUGGGUCUCUUGUCUUGGAUGCAGGAUGUGGAAAUGGGAAAUAUUUGGGAUUGAAUCCUGGUUGUUUCUUUAUAGGAUGUGACAUUAGCGCUCCUCUCAUCAAAAUUUGUGCAGACAGAGGGCAUGAAGUUAUGGUUGCUGAUGCCGUAAAUCUUCCUUACCGGAGUGGCUAUGGUGAUGCUGCUAUUUCUAUUGCUGUGUUACAUCAUUUAAGCACAGAGAAUAGGAGGAAAAAAGCAAUAGAUGAAUUAGUUCGGGUUGUUAAAAAGGGUGGUUUUGUGCUGAUUACUGUUUGGGCUGUUGAACAAGAGGAUAGAUCACUGGUUAACAAAUGGACUCCACUCACGCAGAAGUAUCUAGAGGAGUGGGUAGAACCAAGUAGCCCCCGGAUGCGCAUUUCUACCCCGUUCACCUUGGAAAGUAUCCCAGAAGCCGAGGAAAAUAAUUUGGGCGAACAUGUUGACUUGAAGGAGACUUAUUUGGGUAAGAAGUUGCCAGAAACUGUGCAGUUUUCUUCUCAAAUUAAAAAUCAUUCUGUCAUUUGUGGAAAUGGGAAAAAUGGUGAAAACCAGCAAGAAUUUUUUGUCCCUUGGCACUUACCUUAUCACCGUGCUGAAGUCAGUGGAGCUUCUGCUUGUGCCCUUGCAAACGGCUUGGCAAAGAAAGAUGAUAAAAAAGGUGCAGUAGUGUAUAACAGAUAUUACCAUGUGUUCAGUGAAGGUGAACUUGAAAGGUUAGCUUCUGAUAUCAGUAAUGCAGUAAUUGUUGAUCGAUUUUAUGACAAGUCAAACUGGUGCAUUGUUCUUGAGAAAACAGUAUGAGAGACCUGCUGGUUGAGUCAAUCUUGGCGAAUCUUUGAGCAAUAUACUUCAAUCUGGACAAGUGAGGCGCAAGCACUCAGAUUUUGAAUGAAAAGCUACUUGUAUUCAGGCAACUUAACCUGGGAGGGAUGUGCUAGAAUUUAUUGUCAGGCAUAGAAUUCUUGUACACAAGUAUCAAGGAUCAUGUUGGCCGCGUCGCCAUCCCUCCUUGAUUGCUUCAUCUUCCCUCCCGUUGUCUUUCUUUGGGGCUCCUACAGAGAGAAAGAUGCUUUGACUUUUUUUGACUGUUCAGUGAAAAUGUUUUGAUAAUUUUUCACAUGAGUUUAGAUCACUCUUGCAAGGAACAAUUGUUAAAUUCCUUGAUAAUGUUGUAAUUUGAUCUUCGGAAGAUCUUUGAUGAAGUUUAUGAAAUUGCGGCUGGAUGAAAAUUUUGUUUA